AUGAAGUUGAGGAAUAUUGCUAAAAGGGCUAUCUAUGAUGCUCAGAGUAGUGUGGAGGCUAAGCUUUCUUCUGACAUCCUUAAUGGUGACUGGUUUUGGAGACUGGCCAGGUCUGAUGCACUAGUUGAGAUCCAAGCUAGGCUUCCUCAGAUAAGGAUUGGUCCUCAUGAUAAGCCUUUAUGGACUUCUUCUAGGAAAGGUACCUAUGUUAGCUCAGAAACUUGGGAGCUUCUUCGCGAAAAGAAGGUGGAGAUUGUUUGGUGGAAGAUGGUGUUGUUUCCACAUGCCAUUCCCAAACAUGCUUUCAUUUUGUGGCUUGCUAUGCAGAACAGGCUUAUAACAGGUGAUCAGUUGAUCAGGUGGGGAUAUAAUGGUGAUGUUAAAUGUCUUUUCGAUCAUAAUCAAAUGGAAAGCAGAGAACAUAUGUUUUUUGAAUGUAGUUUCAGAUAUCAAAUUUGGAAGUUUUGUAUGCUUCGAUGUAGAGUGAACAAUCCUUCUGUAAUUUGGGGUGAGAUUAUGCAGCUAGGCAUCAGUCAAUGGGGGAAUAAUGCUCUUAAAGGUAUCCUCUGCCACCUGGUCUUAGGUUCUGUAGUUUACAACUUAUGGUGCACAAGAAAUGAUAUAAAACACUCCAGUCAACCAAGCACAGAGGAGCAGCUCUUGAAGAAAAUCCUUUGGAAAGUGCAAUCUAGACUAGCUAGGAAGGGGAAAUUCCCUAAGACUAGAGAGAAUCUGAUUUUAGCCUCUUCAUGGAAUUCACCUGCAGAUUUGUUGCUGUAG